AUGAACGAGAUAGGGAACUGGGAGCUGCCGGACAGCUGUGUUCAUGCAUGUACGCCCUUUGACGCGAGGAGACCCAUCAGAUCUAUCACGGGGUCAUUAUCGCUCCAUGAUUACCGCAAGUUACUUUCUGCGGAUCCCGUCGAUCAUGCAGGUGGGAAAUUGAAGCGAAAGACUGCUGCGUUGCAUUUGAACCGCCCAUCUGCUCUUCCUCCUUCUUCUGUUUCUGUGUCCUCCGGCGCAUCUACUCCUCCGCCACUGUCGCCUUCCUAUUCGCACAGUGUUAUCUCAACGUGGAGCGAAGAGCCCGAAAUCGGCGAAGCUCAGCCUGUGCACCUCCAGCCUCAAUCCCCACGAGUGACUGUUGUCUCAGAGAACGGGACUCGUGUCAGACCUAAUAACAGGAAACGAUUGAACACUUUCCGUGAAAAGCUUCAAAAAAAAGCCCAGGCCCAGGCUGAAGCUAAAGCCAGAGCUCAACAAUCCGACUCAAUGUUGGCUCACACGCAGGCCGUCCCCACCGUUUCGCACGGUGGUGCCUCCUUUGAGAUCUUGAAUCCGCGCAAGUCGCUGGACCUCGCACGUAUCGUCUCAUACAUCGAAGACGUCGAUGGAUGCUCCAUGCUGGACAACCGAGACUCGGUAUUCUCCCUCGAGCAUGGACUGGACCGGGUGUCCCUGUCCCAGCUCACUGAUGCCUCAUUGCCAUCAUUCUACUCUACCAACUCUCUGUUUACUUCGAUGCAACCGGAUUGCUCAACACCAAAGCCCCAAACAACGGAUAUCCCAUCAUCCUCACCCGGAAUCCGCGACCAUGUCCGCUCUCUAUCAGAGUUCCCAUACAACCCACACUUCAGCCACUGGAGCCAAUCUGUACAAGAGGAACCAGCCUCCCACAUCGACCUGAUCCAAGACACAGACGCCGACACAGACAAUGACACAAAUGCCGACAAUGACGACUACCAAAAUCACUGCCCAAAUCCUUACAGAGACACAUCACCACAGACGAUAACCUCAUCCUCGGAAACAAACCCACCACCUCUCUCGCACACAGAAACAGACUCCCGCCCCGUCUCUCCCUCCCAACAAACCUUCUCCGAAGAAAGCGAAAUCGGCGAACCGGGUUCCCCCGUCUACGCCAAUGGUGAAUGGGCCCAAGUAAACGAGCGCGACAGAGGAAUCUUCUACGAACUAGAACAAGAUUUCAAUACGCCUCAGGAAACACCCCUCGCCACUCCAAUGUCCUCACCCCCCUACACCCCCUUCGACUCAAACAAACCUUCUACAAUGACGAUGUCUGCAUACCCAUACCCCAAACCCCCACCUUUCACUUAUACCAAUCACUACUCAACACCCUCCACCCCAUCCUAUUCACACCCCCAUUCUCCUUCCGAUGCAGAUGCAUACAGCUACGAUCCCGUCUAUCUAGAUCCGCACGUCCAGUCUGUACUUGCAGCUGCUAAUGCAGAGAACAUGGGGUUGAGGAGUGCCAGUGGCUCUGCGCGCGCUCUUGAAGAGUUGCAGCGCAGGACUGGGGAACGGGAGAGGGGUUUGAGUCCUAGGUUUGAAUUCCAGAGGCGGAAGAGUGAUGAGCGGAAGAUGUCUUUUUCGCAACGGAAGGGGUUCCGCAAGUUUUUUAGUUGGAGGUCUGGGAAUUAG